AUGUCUUCGCGCUUCUUCCGGCUCUCUCUGAUGUGCGGGAUCCCCUCCACGCGCUCCGGGGAUCCUAACGCGCGUUUCAGGGAGAGCCGUGCGCGCAGACGCCUGGAUGUGGUUGUUGCCGCAGACGCCGAGGCCUGUCACCCCCUGCCUCAGCGUCAGGGCGAGCGGCGAGACAUUAACAGCUUCUGUCAUUCUGCUGACAAAAUGGUGGCAGAAGAUUUCCCAUGGUGCCCUGAUGACUGCUGGCGUUUGUCAACAAGCCCUGUCACCGCGGCGAUGAGGGGAAGGCAGGAGGAGAGGGGGAGGCAGGGAAGGGUAAUUAUACAUCCACAAAGGAGACAGGAGAGGAGCAGCCGCGCAGAGGGACACAGGACAUGGAGAGACACCCGCACGGAGGAGGAUCAGUGA